CUUUGCUUGUUUUCUUGUGUUUGGAUAUCUCUACUGGUACCUUUGUUUAUUCAUUUAAAAUGGAAAGUGGACAGGUUUCAACGAAACCCCUAACGAGGGAUGAAUCAAAGACUUUGCUGUCUUUUAUAGAAAGCAGCAAAAUAAUAUGCAACCAAGCUACCAAUGCUACCACCAACAAAAUGAAAACGGAGGAAUGGAAACGCAUCACCGACCAAUUUAAUGCAGUUGUUACAUCAUGCCACCGUACACCUCAACAACUGCGUUUGAAGUGGGAAAAUUUAAAAAAAAAUUCUCGCAAACGCAAUACAUUAAUUAGGAUGAACAACAUUAAGACUGGUGGUGGUGGUCCAGAUUACAUCCCUCCGGAUGAAGUCCUAGACAAGGUAGCUACUUUGUUAGGCAAUACGGUGGAUGGUUUCACUGUUGAAUAUGGUGGCGAUGCUGAACUUGUGCCGGAGCCAACAAACUGGGCUUCUGCUAAUGUAAUUAUUGGUGAUGGUGGUGGUAUUGGGAGUGAUUUUGUUGUAGAAUCACAAAUUAUAAAAUUAGACGCCAGCUCCAUAUCUCCUGGAGUCCAAAUUUUACAAAAUGACGUAUUAAAUGAAGCAGAAGACCCAGGAAAGUGUUCAGCAAAAGAACCGAAGAAAUAUUUAUUCACUCCUAGAGCUAGUGGUUCCAAAAGAAAACUCUUCACCAAGGGUGAUGAAAACCGUUCUGCCAGGAAUCAAGCAAUAGCAAAUUAUUUUAUAGCUAAAACUAAGUUAUUAGAAGAGAACUUGGAAAAGGUGUUAUUAGAAAAAAAAAAAUUACAACUAGAGAUAGAUAAUUUACAAAAAGAUAAAGUUUAAAUUAAAUAUUUAUUGU